AUGUCAAAUCAACAUAAAUUAUCACCUCUAACAUCCGAAGAAGAUCUAUUUAAAUUUGAUACAUUAACAUUACAACAACUUGCAACUCAUUCAGAUCAAACUUUAUCAACUAUUAAUGAAAAUACUCCACAAAUAACUACAACUGAUUCAAUAUCAUUAAUGAAUAUACAAAAAGAAUCUCAGGAUAUAAAUGAUAUAAAAUCUGAUCGAACAUCAUCAUCAUCAUUAGAAGAUCAAGAAAUAAGUGAAAGAAAAUUAUCUUUAUCUGAUAUAACAAAUUCAUUACACCGUAAGAUAUCAUUAUCAGAAUCUGAUUUACUUUCAUCAUUACAUCGAAGUAUAAAUAAACAACAACAACAAACAAUAGAUAGUCAAUCAGAUAAUGAUACAACGGAUGAUAUACUUUUUCUUGAAUGGGAUAAAGAACGAAAUUUAUUUCAAGAUUAUAUUAAUUCAUUACGUAAAGAAAUUCGUGUUCUUUUACAAGAACGUUUAGAUUAUCAAACACAAACAUCAAUAGAAUAUAAACAUAUUAAUGAUCAUCAAAUGAAAAUUGAUUUAUUACAAAAAUCAUUAGAAGAAAAAAAUUUUGUUAUUGAACAAUUACAAAUUGAAUAUGAAUUAAUGAAAGACAAAAAUAUAAAUUUAUCACGUAAAAUAUCUUUUUUAGAAUCUGAUACUAAAUCACAUAUUAAUAUUAUUGAUGAAUUAAAACAAAAUCUAACUGAUUUAACAGUUGAUUUACAAAAUCAUAUACUUAUUAAACGACGUUUAGAAAUUUCAAUUAAUAAUUUAGAAAGUAAUUGUCAACUUCUUGAUGCUGAACGUAUUAAAUUAACAAAUGAUAUUAAAGAAAAUCAACAUAAUAAACAAGAUUUAGAAAAAUUAUUACAAAAAGCUAAUGUACAAAUUGCUGAACAAGGUUCAACAAUUGAAAUGCUUCGUUCGGAAAAUGUACAAGUACGUUCACAAUUAUCAACAAUUCAACGUCGAAUGUUUCAAGAAAAACAACAAAUAAUGGAUUAUUUACGUCAAAUUGAAGAAGAUCUUAUUGAAAAAGAACGAAUUAAACAACGUGAAUUAUUAUUACGUCAAGAUUAUGAACAAUUACAAUUAAUUAAUAAACAAGAUCAAUAUGAUAUUCAACAAUUAAAAAAUUCUAUUUAUGAUUAUCAACAAAUUUUAGAAAAUUUACAACAAGAAAAUUUACAAUUAAUAAAAAUAAAAGAUGAUGAAAAUAUUCAAUUAGAAUUAGAAUUAAAUACUUAUAAAUCAGAAAUAAAACGUUUAUAUUCACAUUUUAAUAUAAAUGUCGAUUCAAUUGAACAAUUAAUACCAAUUUUAGACGAUCGAUUAUCACAGGUUUCUUAUUAAAUUAUAAAAUUUUAAGCGAACACCCAUAAGGAGAUCGAAACACUGAUCAAAAUUUUAAUUUUCGAUUUUUUUAUAUGCAUUCGAAAGGUUAUCAUUCAAAACUACAAAAUCAAAAUUUUUAUCUCAUUUCGAUAUUCUAUAGUAAAGUUAGUCUUGAUCGAUUUUUCAACAUUAUCUACCUACGAUCAAGAAAAUAAUGAUUAAUUGUUAUAUCGAUAUCUACGAAGAUUAGAGAGCGCCGGGUUCGGAACCAAAGUUUUAUUUUUUUGUCGGAUCCAGUUACACGUUUCGGCGGUUCCACAGCUAGGGGUGUCAGGGUUCCCGUUCCUCAAGGGUUCCGUUCCCAAGGAACGGGAACCCACUUGGUUAUUCAUUUCUAUGCAUGU